AUGUCCGCCAUCCCAGUGUCUGACCUGGGCCUCAACUCGAGCGAGAGCAGAUAUCUCCAGCAGCAAAUCGCCGCCUCGCAGCAAGGCUCCAAUUCCUCGCGCGCUGCCUCUCACGCCUCCAGCCAAGGCCGUCUCCUCCUGGAUCCUUCUAGUUUGCAGGCGCUCAGCGCCCACUUUGACCGUCUGAUGUACUCCAUCCAGCAGCGCUGGCAGUAUUACGACCGCGCCGGCAACGCCAUGCAAAUGGCCGACGCUGAAAUCGCCCGCUUCCGUGCCAUCCUCCGAGAAAUCGACGAGCUCCAAGUAGAAUUCGACAAAGUCCGUCGCAUUGGAGAGAUUGUCAAGGGCUUCAAGUCGCGCGUCGACCGUCUAGACCGCCGGAUAUGA